AUGGAAACCCAACCUCAAAGCACGCCUCCAACUCCCCUUUCUAUUUUAAACGAACAUUUAUCUAUUAAAAAUGAAAUCCCAAAAUCUAUAGGUGAAAUUCAACAAAAACAAAAGCAAUUUGAGGACAUUCAGCAAAAUUCUAUUAUUCCGGCUAUUAUAUCUUUAAAUACUGACGCCCAGAAUCAACUUCAAAAAGAGCUAAAAGAGACAAAACAACAAGUUUUAAGAUGCUUUGAUGAUUUUAGAUCAGAAAUGAAUGGUCAUUUUGCCAGUCUUCAUUCUGGCUAUAAAUCUCUUCAAACAUCUUUUGAAGAAUUUAAAGAUCAAAUGCUCGACUUUAAAGAACAAAUGCUCGACUUUAAAGAAGAAGUUCUCCAGGAUCACAAAUUAUUCUUUGAAGAAUUUGGACAACUUCAGAAUUUUUGUGACACCCAGCGAGAAUAUAAUGAAAAACUUGUCAAAUGCAAUCCCGUUAUUUAA